ACCCCGUCGCUGUGCUCCAGCGUCACGUGACGCGCAGGUCGCGACGAGUUUCGCCCGUGAGAAAAUCCAACGCGCACGAGAUCUUCCUCAAAUUUCUGCACAUCUGAUGAGUUUGUGAUUCUGUGAUGGAGGGUCACAUGGAGUGCACAAUCUGCUGGGAACAGUUUAAAUUCCCUGUGACACUCCAGUGCGGUCACACCUUCUGCAAGGAAUGCAUCUCCACAUUCUGGGAUGGGAAGGAAAAAGAGGGAGCCACCGUCGUCCACUGCCCCGUGUGCAAAUACGUCUACGACAAAAGACCCCAACUGAAUCGUAAUGUGUCUCUCGCAGAGUUAACAGAGAUAGUGGCUGCAGGCAGUCCGGUUAAGAGAGAUGUUAGCACCGUAGGUCCAGUUCACACGGGGCCGGAUGAGCUUUGCGGACGCCAUCAGAAAGCCCUGGUCAUUUAUUGCAAGAAAGACCGUAUGUGUGUUUGCUAUGAGUGCUCUGUGAAAGAGUGUAAGGGCCACGAUCAGAUUUUGGUUGAAGAAGAACGAAAACACAGAGAGGAAGGAUUGAUGAGGAAGAGUGCUGAAAUCAAGAAACAACAGGAAGUUGCUGAAAGAUGUUGCCUGGAGCUCAAGGAAAACAUGGCCAAAUCAAAGGUGUCGUUACAGCAGACGUCUCAAUGGGUGAACACCAAGUUCACUCAGCUGAUGAAGGUGUUGGCAGAGAAACAGGAAGUGACGGAGCGAUUUCUGGAGCAGCAGCAGGAGGUGACCGUGUUACAUGCUGAGGAUAGACUGGCCAUACUGGAGGAGAGACACAAGCAGCUUACGGCCCUGCAGGAGGAGAUCAGCAGCCUGCUUUCUCUCUCUCACUGCCAAUUUAUCCAGGAGUCCAGACUCAUAGAGGUCCCACAGUUCAGUGAAGUUCCUGCGGAUGUGACCGCAUGCGUUCAGGAGAAGCUGAACCCGGUCACUGAAGUUCUGUCUCGUAUCUCUAAACUGGUCUGUGAAGAUCUGGAGAGAGCGGUGCAUGUGUUUGAAGGACAAGAGAAGGAGGGUUCUCCUCAAGAUAAGAGGCCGAUUCUGGCUGUUGUUCCCAGUCCUGCAACAUCAUCAUAUCAAGCCGAGAAGGAGGGGCUUAGCACAUAUCGUUGCAGCCUGACCUUUGACCCCCGCACCGCCAACGCUCACUUGCUUCUUUCCCAGAGCAACAGGAGAGCGGAGCAUCUCACCUCCGGGCCCCGCCAAGUCAAUGACGACGAGUUACGCUUUGACCACACCUGGCAGGUGUUGUGUUUCCAGAGCUUCACGCGUGGCCAGCAUUACUGGGAGCUUGAGGUGUCCAAACCGUGGGCUUAUGUUGGGGUGACGUACCCGAACAUCCCACGCAAAGAGAAGGGUAAACGGAGCAUGGUGGGUAUGAACGAGCUGUCGUGGAGCCUGCAGCUUGACGAACGGCAACUGAGCGCUUGGCACGCCGGCCGCAAAGAGUCCGUCGCAGGCCGGCUGCAGCCAAACACGCAGCGCCUGCGCAUCGGAAUGCUGCUGGACUACGAGGCCGGAACGCUGACGUACUACGGCGAGGGACAGGUGCGUCUGCACGCCUUCCAUUGCGUCUUUUCACAACCACUUUUUCCAGCGUGCUGGAUUGGGGAAGGUGUCACUGUUACGCUCUGUGGACUGUGAACAUGAACAUAUUUGUUUCCUUAAGGAAAUCUCCUUGCUAGGAUCUGCGCCGUACAUGAACCUGUUGUGUUUUUAAGCAAGGAUUUGUGAGAGAGAUGCGUAAUGUUGCACUGUUACAACCAUCCAUGGACUGUUUUUGUUUGUAUGUUGUGUCUAAGAGAGGUCAAGAUUAUUUUCUGCUGUAUCUAGAUUUACAAUUAUCAUUUUAAAAGAUUUGUUAGCAGAUCCUAUUAGCAUCAAGCUCGACAGGUACAACAUGGCACUAGCAACGCCAAGGUCAGGAGUGUCCUAAACUGAUGAAAUGUUCACUGAAAGCACUGUAAUUUUCUUUGAGUGAAAGUGUCUGCCAAAUGCAUAAGUGUAAAUGUAGAUCAUGUUUAAAGAUCUUGGUGAUUUUUUUAUAGCCGUGUUUUAUUUUCAUGUGGAUUAUGAUUCUGGUAAAUGUGAGUUGUAUUUACACUGUAUCUGUUUGACCAUCAUUUUGGUCAUUUUAAAAAAUUUAGAGUUUACAUUAAUGUGUGCAAAGGUAAGGAAGGAUUGCCGACGGGACGUUAAAUUAUUAGAAAAUAAUGCACUUCCGAGGUGGUGAUGCGGCCAUGAUGCAAAGCAGAUGCGAGUUAAUUUCACAUCCGGUUAUACCAUGGUUACAGCAUAAGACAUCGUUCUGAUGUUUUAUUUUGUGAUGUUUGACAGGUUUUUUGCCGUCAAAAUGCUAUUAUGAGUAGGACUAAUGUCUUAUGCAUCUCAUCUAAAGCCUCCAUUGCUAAUUCCAAAAGAUCAUUUAACAAAGAAAGAGAACAUGCAUAUGUGUUUACAGUACUAGAGAUGCACCAAUAUUACAUUUUUUUCACCGUUACUGACGUUCAGACUGAUAUCUGCCCAUACCGAUAGUUUGGUGGUUAUAUUAAAACUUGCAUUAACUAAAUUCUGAAGAUUACAUUUCUGAAUGUUAUUUAUUCAUAUAAUAACCAUUAAUAGUGAACAUUAAAAUAGGGAUGUUUUUUUUACAUUUUCUAUACACAGAGCUCAAAUUCAUUGCAUUUUCUGUUUUCUUUUGAUAUAUGCCAUGACUAUCAGCUGUUAGUGUGAAAAAUGCAUUUAUCAACAGAUAAAUAAUAGAUCGGUACAUCUCUAGUUUUCUGCAAUGGGAACAAUGUGAACAAGUUGGUUUAUUAAUAUUUAUAAAAAAAAAAAAAAUCUUCAGCAUUUAUGUAUAAUUUGUUCUGGUUUAAUUUAAUCAGGAAUGAAGUAAAAACAAAACUGAAUAAUAAUAACUCUUUGAAGAACAAUAUGGUGCUUGGGCUCAUUUUAGUAUCUUUUGAAUUAUUUUCUUUUUAAGUUUAUUUUUUCACUACCAAACAUAUAUUUAUGCUUUAUUUGUUGAAAUUAAAUAAAUCAGAUGGUCGACAGAUCUGGAACUACUUUAUAGGUGUGCAUUUACAAAAAAAUAAUGCUGCAAACAAAAAUAACAUUUAUCAACCAAUCAGAAUGAUGCUUUCAAGUGCACCGUGAUAUAAGAUUUCUUAUAUUUUCCAAAUAUUAACAUCUGAGUUAAAAAUUCAACUCAAGUGUUUAUCCAUAAACUUUAAUUUUAAAGACAUUGAUUAUAUUACAAAUAAAAUACUUUUUUUUCAAGGUAAAACAAUAAACAUUUCAUAAACUACACAAUUAGGAAGUUUUUGAUUUGUUAUGCUUUUCCAAAGCAGCCAUUUAUAUGAGACAUUGAAGGUUUGAGAACAGAUUUCUGAACUGAAUUUGCACAAGCCAUCUGGUCUACAUACCCCAUAUGGAAAAAAAAUACAUUUUCUGGCCAAAAAUAUAUUUAAAAAAUAUGCUAAAUAAUUUUUGUAGAAAGUAGGCUAAUGCUCAAUUAAAUAUAUUUUUGAAUUUGGGAAUUAAUUUGGUUUUAAACUUCAUAUAUCAACAUAUAUUUCAAAAUGUAUUUCAAGGGCAAGCAAAUACAUUUCUAAUUUUACAUCUCAUGUGGCAAAAAUGUAUUAUUUACAAAAAAAAUUAUAUGCUAAAUACA